CCACAAUAUGUCGUGUCAAGCGUCAGGCCGAAGUGACCUAUAUUAAUCAGCUGCUAGAUAGCAUAGCUAGCUGCCACCCAACCCACGUUCAUCGUCCCCCGGGUGGCCGGCCCCUUUCCACUACUAACAAAAGAAGAGAAACACAAUCUCUAGGCUCUUGCUAGCUAGUCUGUGUGUCAGGGCAGAAAAUGGCAGCAACAUCUGAAGCUCAUAAAAAACAGAGCAGCGUGAAAUCAUUGUUGGCGGAGUCACCAGGUCUCGCCUCCAUCCCUCACGCCUACGUCUGCUCCACCACCACCACCGCCCACAACGACGACGACGACCACCACCAAGAUGAUGAUGAUGAAAAGGAUUCAUCAUUAAUCCCCACCAUUGAUUUCUCCUUACUCACCUCCGGCACACCCCAUCAGCGGUCCAGAGUCAUUCAAGACCUCCGCCAAACCUGUCAGGACUGGGGCUUCUUCACGGUGGUAAAUCACGGGGUUCCAGAGGAGGUGAUGAAGGGGAUGAUGAGGGUGUGCGAGGAGUUUUUCGAUCUGAGGGAGGAGGAGAAGAUGGAGUACUACUGCGACGGGAAGCAUGUGAUGGACCCCAUCAGGUGCGGCACCAGCUUUAAUCCUUCUGUUGACAAGGUGCUGUGUUGGAGAGAUUAUCUGAAAGUGUUUGUGCACCCCAAGUUCCACUCCCCAACCCAACCCCACGAUUUCAGUGAGGUUUCGUUAGACUACUGCAGAAGGACUAGAGUAGUGGCAAUGGAAUUACUGAGAGGGAUUUCAGAAAGCUUGGGAUUGGAGGAAUGUUAUAUGGAGAAGGCUUUAAAUUUGGCAUCAGAUGGUUUCCAAAUCCUAGCUGCAAACCUGUAUCCACCUUGUCCACAGCCAGAACUUGCAAUGGGCAUUCAUCCUCACUCAGAUCAUGGCCUCCUCACCCUUCUCAUUCAGAACGGAAUUGGGGGCCUUCAAGUGCAGCACAAUGGCAAGUGGGUUCCUGUCAAUGCUAAUCCCACUUCCUUCCUAGUUAACACUGGCGACCACAUGGAGAUAUUGAGCAAUGGGAAGUACAAGAGUGUGUUGCACCGAGCCAUUGUGAACUCCAAAGCAACAAGAAUAUCAGUGGCCUUGGCACAUGGUCCGUCCUUGGAUGCAAUUGUGAGCCCAGCACAACAGCUCACAGACGGUGAAAGCAACCCACCGGCUUACAUUCCCAUGAAGUAUAAAGACUAUCUGGAGCUUCAACAAAGCAAUCAGCUCAACCACAAAUCCUGCUUGGAUCGAGUUAGGGUUCCAAUUCUCUAACUAAAGUUGCUCUUUCAUUUGUGUACUCUUUCCUCUUUAACUUACAAUUAAUUCUCAUUAGAAUACCGUGUGUUCCUCUACCCAAACUUUUAAUUACUUGUCUAAAUAUUGUAUCACAUCCUUUUCGAUUGAUCCAUUGUGAUCCGCUCCUUUAGUGGGUCUCGCAUA